AUAAUUCGCAAUAGUAUUACAUCUGCUGGUUAGGAUGUCUAAAAUAGUGAAAUGUUAAUUUCGUUCCUUGUCAAUCUGCCGUUACGAUUCUAGUCGCCUGGAGCGAGGAGGACAUGUCAGCAUAGACUGGGAGCUGCAGAUGACAUGGUGUUGGCAAGACCUGCGGCAUCGACCCAUUGCCCAGAGAUUUCCUGCUCUGAAAAGUUCCCGUGUACUUCUUCUCUCUGACCGUAACGCCGAUGUUCCCCAAUUAUAUACGGUUUACCUUUGAAUCCAGUUCCCUGAUGAUCGUGCUGCUCGUCACCACGACUGCCUCCCUGCCCGCCCUCCACUCAAAAUGCACAUUAUCGGUACACUUUGUUUGCCCAUAUUACUGCAUCCACUCUUUUCACGCACCACCUUCUUUUCCUACCUACGCGCCCGCUCCGUUCCCUGUCAGCAUGUGCACAGUGCACACCUGUGAUUUGUGGUAGACCAUCAGGUGCAGCAGUACUACGGAGACCGUGUGAGGCUGGAGUUGGAGUAUGUCACCCUUGGGGGCAUUUGAGCAGUGUAAGAUAGUUCAAUUAGUUCUGGAGAGUGUCA